AUGUGGUGCUUCAACAACAACUCCAGGCUUCGAAGGAUUUGGGAGUGGGUAGUCAACAAGAGUCGUCGCUAUGGACCAGACCCCUCACAAGACGCGUGGAGCGAUUCAUCGGAGCUCAAACCGUUCUCAUACUUCUGUGUCAAUCUUCAUGUCCCAGACCACGGGCUUGACAGUGGCAGCAGCCAAGCCAGCUCAGGGGAGACGUCGUACCCCGAGCCUCGGCUUAUUCGACUGCUCCGAAUCAUCCCUACCGGGCCGAAAGAGCUCAUUGCGUGCAGCAUUCACGUAGCCGAUCUACACGAUAGCCAUGUGUCAAGCUACGAUGCCCUCUCGUACACAUGGGGCCCCACGACCCAAGCUGAGAUCGACAAGGGCAUGAUAGCGAAGCGCAAGUACCCGAUACUCUGCAACGGCGGGCAGCUGUUCGUGACGGAGAACCUUUUUCGCUGCCUCCAGCAACUGAAGGCGGACUCCUACUACGACAGAGACCUCUGGAUAGAUGCCAUCUGCGUCAACCAAGAUGACCAUGCCGAGCGCUGCCAACAGGUCAGCAUCAUGGCGGACAUCUACCGGAGUGCAACGCGCGUCAUCGUCUGGCUCGGCGCAGCAGAUGAGUUCACCCAGCCAGCGGUCGACCUCAUCACCCGCCUCAGCCAGCUGUCUGAACACGAAAGAGUCACCAUCGACCCACAGGCCUUCGACAACGCGCACAACGCGCAGCUUCUCGGCGCCGUCAAUUCGGCGGCUCACUGGCGGGCACUGGCUCUACUCUUCGGCCGGACGUGGUUCACUCGGGCCUGGGUAAUCCAGGAGCUCGUGCUCGCACGCCACAUCGCCGUGCAGUGCGGCGCCUGCGCCUUCGACUGGGAUGACAUGGUCGCCGUGUCGCACUUCCUGGCUACGCGGACGUCAGCUAACACGUUCCGGACGCACCUGUUCGAGGACCUGGAUCCGCACCUUCUCUCGUAUAAGAACCCGACCAAGCUCGCGGCCGUCAAGAAGGACAUUGUGGGCGGUAGAGGAAGCGUGCUGCUCAAUAGUCUGAUCCGGUGUCGCAGCUACGACGCCUCGAAUGACCGCGACAAGGUAUACGCGCUGCUGGGCCUGGCGACGCCGCAGGAUCAUGAGUUUCCUGAUGCGCUUUAUCCUAAUUACCACCGCAGCGUCGCGAGGCUGUAUACGGAUGUUACGAAAUAUUUACUGGAAAGCGUUGAAGGGCUUCAUGUCCUCGCUCACGCUGAGGGCGACGACUUCAAGCGUAUACCGGGACUGCCGUCGUGGGUGCCUGACUGGAGCAUGAGAGCUGACCUAGGGCUCAGGAUCACGGGCUAUACUAGAUACAUGGCCGCGGGAGACUUGCCGUGUUUCAAGCAGACACGCGACGAUGGCGGCCUGACGUUUCUCGGCUCACAGUUUGACACUAUUAGUCGGAUUGGGGAGACGAAGACUGAGGUGAACCGCUCGAAAGACUGCAGAGAAUGGCUCGAGAUGCUUGAAGACCUCGAACGAGAACAUCCCGAGCGAGACAACAGAGAUGCGUUUUGGAGGACUUUGCUCGCUGAUACCGGGCCCGGCGGUGUCGUGCCUAUCAAAGAGCCAUGGGAAGACGGCUUUUACGUAUGGAUGAACAUGAAAGAGAAUCCGUCGGUCGAGCAAAAGCAGAGGGCAGCUGAAUUUGAGACGUCGUUUAUGCACUCGCUGAACCUACGACUAUUCAGGACAGCGCGCGGCAAUCUUGGUCUAGGGUCGCAGUCUUGUAGGGAGGGCGAUCUGGUAUGGAUUGUUCAAGGCUCAAGGGUACCAUUGAUAUUGCGCCCUGUCGCUUCGAGUGCGGCGAGCUAUAGACUGGUUGGGGGCACAUAUUUGCAUGGGUUCAUGCAGGGAGAGGCGUUGGAUGGGUUGGAGUUUGGUGAGAUUGUUUUGGUUUAG